UAUCCCCCUUGAAUAAGUUUCCUACUUUAGAUUGUCAGUGGCGAAAGGGCGCGAAUUGUCAUGCUCGAUUUUGUUUACAUGGGUUAUUUUUGUGAUUUAUAGAAAUAAAUAGGUUUACUUACAGAUUCAACAUGCAGAAAGCAAUCACGCGAUGCAUUUCAAGCACCGGUAUGCGAAAUGCACCUUUGGGAUGUUUAUGGUGGGAAAAUGUACACAGAACACACAGCAGAAUCCGUAUAACGGUUGCUCCCAGACAUUCUGUUGUAUUGGUACCUAUCAUUCAAAGAUCUUUCUUUACUAAACCACCAGCUUCUAAAAACAGAGAGCCGUCCGAAAAAUCGCCUAUGAGGGUGAAGAAUAAUUCACCAAAGAAAGUCGAUAGUCCAGUCAAGAGUGAUGUAGACUCACCAAUUAAAGUACGUAGUAAAAAGCGCUCAAGGAUUAUUGAAAGUGAUGAAGACGAAGAAAAUGAAGUAAAGCCAGUUGAAGAAACAAAAAUUGAUGAAAAAUUAGAAGUUGAUAAAAAAUUAGACCUUGAUGAAAAAUCCAACAAAACUGAAGAAAAGGGGAUUACUAGUAAAACUAAGAAAAAGUUAGAUAGUUUUAAGAAUAGUAAGGUGGCUGAUGACGAAAUUAAAAGUCCUAAAGUAAAUAAAAAGUCAGAAAAUUUGGAAAGUAGCAAAACACCAAAGUCCAAAACACCUGAAGUUAUAACUGUUCAGGAUGAGGAAACAGAUACCUCAACGGUAGCAUCACCAUUGAAAUCUCCUGGUGGAUUUCCUAUUCGUAAAACAGCUCGUAAGAGUAUGGGAUUAGGCAGUGCUGUUAAAAGAAAGAGUAUAGCGGACAGUCCACAGUCUGCUCCAGUAGAGAGUCCAGCCAAACGACAAAAAUCUGAAUCCACAGUUAAAACGGAUGAAGAUUUAGGAAUAAAGCCUUUACCAGCAGACACUGAUGAUGUUGAAAUGAAGGAAACGGAAACAGAAGAAAAAAGUGAAAUAGAAAUAAAAAAUAAAAUAAAAGAAGAAAUAAAAGAAGAAAUUGAAGACACAAAAAAGGAAGAAGUUAGAUCAAAAAAGGUGAAAAAGGAGAAGGGAAAAUCUAAUUCCCCUGGUAGUAAAACAAGCAAAAAACCUGUAAAUGAUUUUUUCUCACCUAAAGCUAAAAAAGAAACGAAGGAUGAUCUAAAGAAAGAAACAGUUGUUAGUCCUAAGAGUAAACAGACCAGUCCCAAAAAAGAAAAAAAUGUGGAAGAAAAAUCUAAUACAGGGGCUUCUGUUAAAGACAUUGACUAUAAUCCUAAAAACUCUAAAUACCAUCCUAUUGAUGAUGCUUGUUGGAAACACAAAGAAAAGGUACCUUAUCUUGCCUUGGCAAAAACCUUUGAAGCAAUUGAAGACACUUCAGCCAGAUUAAAGAUGAUAGAAAUAUUAAGUAAUUUUCUGCGUUCUGUGAUUGUUUUAAGUCCUGAUGAUCUGUUGUGUUGUAUUUAUCUAUGUUUAAAUCAACUGGCACCUGCCUAUGAAGGAUUAGAAUUAGGUGUUGGUGAUACAGUAUUAAUGAGAGCUAUAGCUCAAACUACAGGAAGAAGUAUGGAUCAUUUGAAAUCAGCGUUACAUGAGAAAGGUGACUUAGGAUUAGUUGCUGAGAGCAGUAGAAGUACACAGAAAAUGAUGUUUGCUCCCCCAAAGUUAACAGUGUCUGGCGUAUUUAGUAAAUUAAAAGAUAUUGCUAAUUUAACGGGAAAUUCUUCACAGUCUAAGAAAGUUGAUAAAAUAAAAGGAUUAUUUGUGGCAUGUCGUCAGUCAGAAGCUAGAUUUGUUAUACGAUCAUUGUCAGGAAAACUACGUAUUGGUUUAGCUGAACAAUCUGUAUUGACAGCGUUAGGAAAUGCAUCAUUUUUAUCUCCAACUGGUCAAGAAUAUCCACCAGAAAUAUUAGAUGCCGGGAAAGGUUUGGCAGCAGACACCCUGAAGAAAAAGAUGGAGAAUAAUGCCUUGAUAAUUAAAACAGCCUAUUGUGAAUUGCCAAGUUAUGAUGCUAUCAUCCCUGUUUUAUUAAACGAUGGAAUUGAAGAAUUGCCUAAUAAAUGUCGACUUACACCAGGUAUACCUCUAAAACCUAUGUUAGCCCAUCCUACCAAAGGUGUGACUGAAGUAUUACGAAGAUUUGAAAACAUGGAGUUUACAUGUGAAUAUAAAUACGAUGGAGAAAGAGCGCAGAUCCAUGUAUUAGAGAAUGGAGAUAUCUGUAUAUAUAGUAGAAAUUCUGAAAAUAAUACCAGUAAAUAUCCUGAUAUAAUCAGUAGAAUGCCGAAAAUACUCAACGAUGAUGUUAAAUCUUGUGUUAUAGACUCAGAAGCUGUCGCCUGGGAUGCUGUCGAAAAACAAAUUCAACCUUUCCAGGUUCUGAGUCACAGAAAAAGAAAGGAUGCUGAUAUAGCAAAUAUUAAAGUACAGGUCUGUGUUUAUGCCUUUGAUUUGCUGUAUUUAAAUGGUGAAUCAUUAGUUCAACAGCCCUUUAGAAAGAGGAGAGAACUCUUACGUUCAUCUUUUAAAGAAACGGAGGGGGAGUUUGUUUUUGCCACUUCCAUGAUUGCAUCUAAUACUGAAGCUAUUGAGGAAUUUUUAGAUCUAUCGAUUAAAGGAAAUUGUGAGGGUUUAAUGGUUAAAACAUUAGAUGUUGAUGCUACGUAUGAAAUAGCUAAACGAUCUCACAAUUGGUUAAAAGUAAAGAAAGAUUAUUUAGAAGGUGUGGGUGAUACAUUAGAUGUAGUUGUUAUAGGAGGUUAUAAAGGUACUGGUAAAAGAACCGGCUGGUAUGGAGGAUUUCUUCUGGCUAUUUAUGAUCCAGAUAAUGAAGAAUUUCAGAGUAUUUGUAAGAUAGGUACAGGGUUAAAGGACGAAGAUCUAGAAACACAUACUAAGUAUUUUAAAGAACAGGUUAUAGAACAACCUAAACCAUAUUAUAGGUGGGAUAACUCUCAUGAACCAGAUGAAUGGUUUGAAGCUAGUCAAGUGUGGGAGAUUAAAGCAGCUGAUUUAUCUAUAUCACCAACACACAGAGCUGCUGCUGGCAUGGUGGAUCCAGAAAAAGGUAUAUCUCUACGUUUUCCUAGAUUCUUAAGAAUUCGAGAUGAUAAAAAACCAGAAGAUGCCACCUCGGCAUCACAGGUAGCUGAUAUGUAUCGGAACCAGGAUCAAAUUCAGAACCAACAGAAAUCAGCUAAAACCAAUGAUGAAGAAGAAUUUUAUUAAUAUUUGUCUGUUUUUUUUCUAUGGAUUGUUUAGUUGUUUUUGUUAAAGAAUUAUGAAAUUGUUUAUCACUUAUAAUAAAAUUUGUAUAUAUACUUUUCAUACAUUGUAAUUAAAUAAUAAAAAAAUCAGAGUUCAUUAAGUCUUAGACCGAAUGGUUAGCGCAUGCUCAUUGUAUCAUAUGGUCUGCCAUUGAGUCAGCUGGCAUGGUUUUAAUUCCCUGAUUGUACAUGACAAGGGGUAGGGUCGCCUGUCCAUCCUCAUGGGUUUUUUCUGGGUCCUCGGUUGGUUUCCUCCCACUGAUAAAGACCACUACGUGCAAGCAAAUUAUUGAAAUAAAAUUGAACCAUAUGUUAGUCCCAAAAUGAACUAGGUUGUAUCGAGUGGACGUUAAACCGCAUUUUUCUCUCUCUAUAAUAUUUUUGAUGUAGGUACUUGAAUUAUUUUGUAUGAUUGUUAAUGUUUGUAUUUCUCUAAUAUUUACAAAGGAGAAUAUUUGUUAGUAGUAGCAGAUAAAAUUGAACUUCUAAAUACCUAGGGGGGUUGGAUGGCUGAAUGGUUCGCGUGCGCGCGCUGUAUCAUAAAGUCUGUCAUUGAGUCAACUGGCGUGGUUUCGAAUCCCCGGUUGUACGUGACAAUUUUGCCCGGGCAGUGGCACUAUCGCCUACUCUUAUAUCGAAUUCCAACUGCAAGGGAUCUUUUACGUGCAUUCCACGGCCAAUGCAGGGAUCGACCUCCCGGCUAGCAAGCCAGCGUCUUAACCACCUAGCCACCGUGGCAACCUGUUUGUUAAAAGUAUACAUAUAUAAAAUUGAACUUCUAAAUUCCUGUUGGGGAAAUGUUUGUUGAUUGAUACUAGACAGAUAUGAAAUUAGACAUCUAAAAUUUGUAAAUAGCAAUCAGUAUAGAUUUAGUCACAUGGAAUUAUGAUUUAUAAACAUCUGUAAUUUAUAAAUAUGAUGUACAUACUAGAUUUUCUCCAUUUGUAAGACCCAUAUUUUAGUUAUAAAUUGGAAUAAAAUAUUU